GAUUUAGAAAAUCAUUUUGUUCUCACGUUUGGUAUUCAGUCUCUUAUGUUUUCGCCUCCUGGUGGUGUGAAGAGCAGCAGCUCAGCCGUUCUGCUGCUCACUGACACGUUUCCCGUGUUUGUGAGACAAAAACAAGCAAACGCUGCCCUGUUUUCAUCUGAGGUGACACAUUUCAGCAGCUGGAGGCAAGCGACGUGGCCCUCUGACAGUUCAACCUGCAGAAAGUUCGAGCCUCAGUGCGUUCAGUCAGACUUUGUAGCAAAAAUAGGACUUUUUUAAAGGGUCAAAUGAUGGUUGAUUUGGACGUUUAUUCUAGGUUCAAACUAGAAAACAAACUCAGUAAAUCUGUAUUUUAUAAAAGCUAGCUCCUGGACUAAAGUGUUGUGUUUAUGUGUGACUGGAGAAAACAGAUUUUACUGCUGAGUUAAACAAAGACGAGUCUCGUUGAGCUAAAAACGACUUGGUUCUUCUUUGAAGGCAGAUAAGGCCUCUUGGAUCACUUCCUUUCUAAACCAUCAGCUCAAACGUGCGGUGACACGCGCGCAGCAAGAGCCUGACAAGUGUCUGCAGCGACAGGAAAUAACCUCGUUAAUGGAAACUGCUUCAUUUCAGCUGAAGGUGAUGAAGAUGGGUCCUGUCUCUGGCAUCGCCGUGAUCCUGCUCUGCUGUUGCGUCUCUAAAGGCUCGUCCAGUGACUGUGACCUCUAUGCUGCAACAGGCGCAAACGUUGUUGUACCUCUUAAACACGCUCUGCAGCCUAAAGAAAUGCUCAAAUGGAAACACAAAGAUGAGCUCUUGUUUCAUAGAAAAGCACAAAAAAUUGUUCAUGGGAUAAAGGUCAAUGUUACCCAGAAUGGAAGUCUUCAACUGCCAAAUGUGAGGAAGAACGAAGCAGGACUCUACACUUCUGAAGUUUAUAAUGAAAACGGACGAAAUACGUUCGAGAAAAAAACACGUUUAUGUGUACUGGACCCUGUGACGAAGCCUACCUUAAAGUUUGAUUGUAAAGAAUCAAAUGUCAUCUUUACCUGUAAUUAUUCUAAGCAAAGCCCAGAUCUCAGACUCGAAUGGCUUCGAGACAAUAAAGUAGAAAAACAAUGGAAUAAAUCACCUCUAAAUGUGAAGGCUGAUGAUUCCAAAGGAGGCAAAUUCUCAUGCAGAAUUUCCAACAAGGCCAGUCAACAAAGCAGUAAUACUUUGACUCAUGAAUGCAGCAUGUCUGUCAUCCCAGGUCUCCCAGAAACAUUGUUGGGAAUCAGUAUCUGGAUUUUUGUAGGAGGUGGAGGAGGGAUUGUUUUACUGUUGAUCAUCAUUGUCAUUAUUUGCUGCAUCCGGACCAAAAAAAGAAAUAGCAUGCGGCUAAAGGAUGAAGAGGAGCUUCGUUUGGACUGGACCAAUAAUCAACAACAAAACCAUCAUCACCACCUUCCUCCCCUUCCCAAUCAGCAUCCUAAUCGUCACCAUCACCAUCACCAACACCAGCAGCAGCAAGCCGGACACACCGGGCCUCGGCAGAGCCGCUCCAAACAGCAACACACUCAGCGACCUAAAGUGCCCGAGUCCACGGGGGGCCAACCUAACCCUCAGCCUCAGCCCAGACGGACCACUCAGGUACCCAGACCUGCUGAUGGUAAUGAUGAACAUCCUCCCCCUCUGCCUCAGCCCAGGAAGAAGGCUCCUUAAACAUGGAUCGGGUGAAACCAUGACAACCUACAUCUGGAACUUCAUGUAACGGACCGAGCUGCCUCAUGACCAAACUACAUUAACAUCUUCACAACUGAGUAAAAGGGUUUAUCAUAGCUGAACUCAAACUUUACAUCUAAACUCACCAGCUGUUUUCUGAUAUUAAACUAAAAUGGUUCCAGCUUGACUUACUUUGAUUUAGAGUUUCUUUAUGGAGAUUAGAAGAAACCCCGAUUUAAGGACAAACUUCAGAUGUAUUGUAAUGAUAUCUUAAAGUCAACAUAUCAAACUAAAUGCUUUGUUCUGCUAUUGUUACUAAAAUAACCCAAGUGAUCCAGAAAUUUGAAUUUUAGACAAAAAAAAAUUGUGCAGAAACGACAAACCAAUUAUUAGCUUUUAGGCCCAUUUUAAGCUAGCAAAUUAAUGAAGCUAACUAUUUUUUCUGCACAUUAUUUGUUUUGUUUUCUUCUACGUGAGCAAGAAAAACGGACGAACAAUGGUCUGGGAGUAGAUGGCCGUGACUUAGGCUCCCUAGAUGGUUUUUUAAAUUAUUUUUUGUAUUUUCUGUUGUUGUUUAUUUUUGUAAUAUAUUUAGCCACUUUGCCAUAAAAUUAUCAAACUAUUGUAGCUUAUUACAGCUUUGCCGCAGUCAUUUUUGAAGUCGUACCUGUUUUAUUCCUUUAGCGAUCAUGCUGGACACUUUUAAUUAGAGAUGGGCGAGUAGAGUGGGCGGGGCCUAAACUGGAACUGGGCGUGGUUUAGCCUGAAGAAGGUGGGGCUUCAAUCUGUACAUUAUUUUAAGUCUGGCAUUGAUAUGGAUUGAUCAGAAGUUGCUUUGUGUAUUGCUUAUUUGAAAACUAUUUACAGAGCAGCCUCAAAAUUGAGAGUCAAUGUUUUUGAUGACAAUAGUAAAGGAACUGUUACAGAACUACCGUAAUUUCCGGACUAUAGAGCGCACCUCAAUAUAAGCCGCACCAACAAAAAUAAAGGUUUUCUACACACACACCGCACUCAAAUACAAGCCGCGGCGCAGCAGCCACAUGCAGGACUCCGGCGCACAGCGUAUGUAUGGCCAUAACAUAAGAUAUGGGGCGACGGUGGCACAGGAGUUAAGUGCUCGCCCCGUAACCGGGAGGUUGCAGGUUCGAGCCCCGCUCAGUCUGUCGCUGUCGUUGUGUCCUUGGGCAAGACACUUAACCCACGUUGCCUGCUGGUGGUGGUCGGAGGGACCGGUGGCGCCUGUGCUCGGCAGCCUCGCCUCUGUCAGUGCGCCCCAGGGCAGCUGUGGCUACAUUGUAGCUCAUCCCCACCAGUGUGUGAAUGUGUGUGUGAAUGGGUGAAUGACUGGUUGUGUUGUAAAGCGCCUUGGGGGGUUCUAGGACUCUAGAAGGCGCUAUAUCAAAUACAGGCCAUCUACCAUUUACCAUAAUUAGACAGAAAGACGCUACACGGAGGUUUUGCGUUGUUUUAAUUCAACAAAACGAAUUUUAAGCACGGGUGAACGUGCCUGCUAGUUUAGAAAAGAGAACAGCACUGAUAGCAUUCAUAUUUCUGGAUGGUUAUAAAAACAGCGCUGACACAGCAUUAAUAAGCCCUGGAUGAUUAGAAAAUAAAAACAGCACAGAAAACAUGGCUGGUUAGUAAAUAAAACACACUUGCCUACCAGAAAAAGUCAUUCGCUCUCAUCUUCCUCUUGCGCACUAAAGCCAUUAAAGUCCUCUUCUUCAGUGUCAGAGUUGAACAGCCUCAGAAGAGCUUCGUCACAUACCUUUUCUGUGGCGAUGUCAGUGUCGCUGUCUGUGUUGCUUUCAUCAUCCCCGGGUGAAGCUGGCUUGAAUGAGUUCUUCACGCUGCCGUCUCCAGCGCCGAACCAUGGAUUCAUUCAUGCCAAGCUUACGUGCGGCAGCACUGUUUCCCUCCCUUACUGCCAGAUCGAUGGCCUUCAACUUAAAUGCGGCAUCAUAUGAACUCAUACGUGUAGUUACCAUGAUGAGGGGGUAUGGAUUUGAAAAAAAAAAUUUGUCGUGCCGGCUGCUUGCGUGUGCUAAAUUAAAAUGAGCACUUUCUUCCAUUUCCACUUUUGACUUCCACCUGUUUCACUUUCUGCUAAAGCGCCCCCUGCAGGUGAAGGAAAAUCUUCAGUGAAGCCGCACCUCAUUAUAAGCCGCAUGGUUCAAAGCGUGGGAAAGAAGUAGUGGCUUAUAGUCCAGAAAAUACGGUAGUUUUUCUAUUAACUCACAACAUGAAUAUUGUUGUGAUUUGGCGCUUUAUAAAUAAAGUUGAAUUGCAUUGAAUAUUUAAGUGCAUGGAUGGAUACAACUGAACUCAUGCAGCCACAGCUUUUUAUUUUAUGAUCAAACAGGUUUUUCUAAAGUUCUUGGCAUUUUUUUUACCUACACAAAGGAAAACAAAGCAAGGUGUGCGUGUGUGUGUGUGUGUGUGUGUGUGUGUGUGUGUGUGUGUGUGUGUGUGUGUGUGUGUGUGUGUGUGUGUGUGUGUGUGUGUGUGUGUGUGUGUGUGUGUGUGGGAGGGGGUGCUCUGUGUGAC